CGCCCACGUGGUCUGUGUUUACAGCGGCUCUACAGCUGAGCUCGGUUCGGGAAACUGGUUCUGAAACUGAAACUCUUCUUUUAAAUUCUCUCUGCUGAAAUGUGUGAGGAGGUUCUGGAUGAACUGUCGGUUCUGUCUGCGAUUUUCUGCGGAAAGGACGAGUUUGAGGUGAUGGAGGAGUCAGCCGAGACAGGCCUCGUGUACCGCAUCCACACACUGGUACAGACAGACAAGAAGGAAACACCUCUGAACCUGACCUUUCACCUCCCUCCCGGGUACCCAGACGCUCCUCCGGACGUGAGCAUCAGCUCCAGCGAGCUGUCCAGGAAACAGUGCCAGGAGCUGAAGGAGAUGGUAGUGAAUAAAGCGCACAGUCUCCAGGCCAGGCCCAUGGUCCACGAGCUGGUCAUGUGGCUCCAGCAGAACUUCUCUGACCUUAUCGCAACUUCAGACGUCCUCCAGAGCCAAAACAUGGCAGACAGCGAGGCUGAGGGACUCUGGACAGCACUGCUUCAUUUAGACCACAUGAGAUCCAAAGCUAAAUACAUCAGACUGAUUGAAAAGUGGACGGCAGAGCUGAGACUCACUGGACGACUCUUCGUGGGAAAGCCUAUUCUGAUUCUGCUGCAAGGAGAGAGGAGGAGCAUUAAGGAGUAUAUCCACCUCCAGAGGACAGCGAAAGUUGAUGUUGACUCAUCAGGGAAACGGUGCAAAGAGAAGAUGAUGAGCGUUUUAUGUGAAACUCCUCUUUCUGAGGAUUUUAAAAGGAUAUCGACUUUUGAAGUGAAAGAAGCUUUAUCUUUAGAGGACCUCAGAAAGGAGUUUGAUGAAGUUGGAGCCUUGAAGCUCUACCAAGAGUUUGUUCCCUCGUUACUGUAAAUGGAUUCUUCAGUGUUAGACUGUUUUUCUGUUUAUUGGCACUGGGUGGAGCCCAAGACUGCUUUUACAUGUGACUCCUGGAAAAACCGGGACCAGACAGGACCCUCGGGGUGAAAUCUUCUACCCCCUAAUGGUUAAAUACUGCAGGAGAAUGAUGGCCUGACAUUUUCGCCUUGAAGGCUGUUCAGAAAUGCUCUGGAUCAAUUGUAUGUUUUAAACCCCGUAUUUAAGUUAACCUUUACAUUUUCUCGUCUGCAGUAAUUCUCGUCCUAUUUGUGAGAUGGACAGAGCAGAUAGAAACAUCUUACACAAGAACGAUUUUGCAGACUGUGUGUGUGUCAGGGCAGCCUUCAAGAGCAUUUUCCUCCACGCUUAAAGGGCUCAUUAUGCGGAGAAACAAAUUUUGUGAUUUUCUACUCUGACGCAGCAUGAAAGUUUGAGUUUGAUGUAGAACGUAAACUUGGAUCAAAUUAUAAAGCGUACAGUUCGCUCCCCAGCCCAUAUACCAUCGCUGUCCAGAGAAAACAGUGUGUCUCCAUUUUUGUCUAUUUUAUGUUUUCUAUAUCAAUUCAACACACCAGCUGUCCUUUACAUUGUGUGAAAUUUUCAUGAUGAUUGGACCAAUGGAAACGCUCUAAAAUCACUUAGAAUAAAAUCUCUUUACAUUGACUUACAUUGAAAGGUAAGAGUGUUUUUACCCUCUCCUGUAAAGUCACUGUUUUGGAGAUACUUGUUAUUCUUUGGAAAGUGACGAUAUGGAAAUAAGCUGCAUUUUGAAUUCAGUGCUUUUGUGAUGUCACAAAAAACCCAACCCAUUUACGUAGCUCCUCCUGUUUAGCCUACAGCAGUUUGGCCACACCCAUUCACACUGAAGUUAUACAGAGUUAUACAUUUAUUUUCCUGUAUUUUAUU